AUGUCAUCGGGAUUACAAAGACGUCGGGGAAAGCAGUCUUCUACAAUCGAGGAUAGCUCAGGAGCUCUUGAAGAUGCAGGAGAACAUAAGAUCGCCUACGACCCAAAUGAUAUCUCGGAGUCGUCUAAGGGAAAUCAGGUUCCUGUGUUGACCCUGAUGGAAGAAGUUUUGCUCAUUGGACUCAAAGAUAAAGAAGGAUAUCUUUCUUUCUGGAACGACAACAUCUCCUAUGCUUUGCGGGGCUUAAUAAUCCUGGAGCUGGCCUUCCGAGGAAAGAUUAGAAUGGUGAACGACCCUGCAAGAAAGAGGUUUGAAUUCCCAGACCGUCUGAUCGAGUGCUGCGAUGGUUCCAUGACUGGAGAGACCCUUCUGGACGAAGCACUCAAACUGAUCAAAAACGACUCUCAACACAUGAGCGUCUCCAACUGGAUUGACCUGUUGUCUGGCGAAACCUGGAACUUGAUGAAGAUCAACUACCAGCUCAAACAGGUGAGAGAGAGGCUGGCCAAAGGCCUGGUGGACAAAGGUGUUCUCAAGACCGAAAGAAAGAAUUUCCUUCUUUUCGACAUGGCCACGCAUCCUAUCCAGGACCCUACACCAAAGAGAAACGUCAUAUCCCGAAUUCUCGCUAUGCUUACAAACAGAAAUUUUAUCAUAGAAUACGACGAGAAAUACUUCCCGCAAACCGUCAAAUACAAGUAUCUCCGGACGGUUUGUCUGGUAGCAGGCUGUUGUGCCGCCAAUGUUUUGGAGAACAUCCUAAUGGACCUCAACUUUGAAAGCCGCGAUAAUGCAUUUAUCCGGGCCGACGAGAUACUGAGCCAGUUCAGCGAGUAUCCGUUUAUCGAUAAAGGAUCCUCAAUUGGUGUGGGCAUGAACCUUUUCUCUGAAAUUGAGAAGGAAAUCGAAACCGACAAACCAGGAGACCUUGUUUUGGAAGUCGUGGCUGCCGUGAUCAGCGUCUUCAGCAAGAUGGACUCCAUAAUCUGA